AUGAUGGUGAACAAAUGUAGAAUCUUAGAUCAAUAUAGUAGAGACAAAGCUUCUUAUUAUAAGAACUAUAAUGAGAAGAAGGGAAAGAAUCAUGAUUGUGGUAAACCGUAUGCUUCUCCCUAUGAUAAAGGGAAAAAUAAAGCUUAUGAUGAGAAGAAGCCAAGUGAGAGAGGAGCUCUCGCUUCUGUGAAAUGCUAUCGGUGUGGAGAUUUAGGCCACUAUGUUGAUGCUUGCACUAAUAAGGUGCUGAGAUGUUACAGGUGUGACAAGGUUGGUCAUCGCGUCAGUGAAUGCAAGAGUGAAGGUCCUACUUGCUUUAACUAUGGUGAACAGGGUCACAUCAUUACCCAGUGUCAGAAACCAAAGAAGAAUGUUGUUGCUACUGCUCAUACCAAUGGCAAAGUGUUUUCUCGGAGUGGUUCAUAA